CAUAUCAAUUUCCAAACUCUAUAUAUACAUCCCCUCAUAUCCUCCCUAAAUCAAUAUUCCGUUACAGAAAAUAACCCUACGAAUCAACAAAAAAACCCUGCAAUCUUCUUCUUGGAUAAUCGUCUCCGGCCGAUUAUACCGUACAUCGGAUAUUGAAUUUACGUUCAAGAGUUGUUGAAACAAAAUUUUGAAUUGAAAAAUUGAAUGUUCUGAUGGAGACCAAAGGUGGGAAGAAGUCUAGCAGUAGUAAAUCCUUUUAUGAAGCUCCUUUAGGUUACAGCAUUGAAGACGUUCGACCAAACGGAGGAAUCAAGAAGUUCAGAUCGGCUGCUUACUCCAACUGCGUUCGCAAACCAUCCUGAUAUUCCUUCGAUUAGUGCCCCUUUCGCGUCUGUUUGACGUCGUUUAUUUACCGCUUUUAUAAUUAGUUUCGUAGUUAAUAUCGGUUCCCUUUAUUCCUCCUUUUCUUCACUCCUCAGCCCAUUUACUGUUUCCUCCAUUGUUGGUGUUAAUUUCUGUUUAAAACCAUGUCUGCAAUCGGUUUCGAAGGCUACGAAAAGAGGCUCGAAGUUACGUUUUUCGAGCCUAGUAUCUUCAUUGACCCUGAAGGUCAAGGUCUCCGGGCUUUAACCAAAGCCCAACUGGAUGAGAUCUUGAACCCUGCUGAAUGCACAAUUGUCUCUUCGUUGUCGAAUGAGCAUGUAGACUCUUACGUACUAUCCGAGUCUAGUUUGUUUGUGUUCCCUUACAAAAUCGUUAUCAAAACUUGUGGAACCACUAAACUGCUGCUAUCGAUACCGGCUAUUCUGAAGCUGGCGGAAUCGAUUUCGCUUACUGUCCGGUCAGUAAGAUACACACGCGGUUGCUUUAUCUUUCCCAGUGCUCAAUCGUACCCUCACCGCAGCUUCACCGAAGAAGUUUCAGUGCUGGAUGGUCAUUUUGAAAAGCUUGGUUUAGCCAGCAAGGCUUAUGUAAUGGGCGGGUUCGAUAAGCCCCAAAAGUGGUUUGUUUAUUCCGCUUCCGCUGGACCUGUUUCGGCUCGCGAUGAAGUGUACACACUCGAGAUGUGUAUGACUAGUUUGGAUAGAGAAAAAGCUUCGGUCUUCUUCAAAACGCAAACAAGCUCGGCUGCAACAAUGACUAACGAAUCCGGUAUCCGAAUGAUACUUCCGAAGUCCGACAUUUGUGAUUUUGAAUUCGACCCAUGUGGGUAUUCCAUGAACGCUAUCGAACAAGGUGCGUUUUCGACCAUACAUGUAACCCCGGAAGACGGGUUCAGCUACGCGAGCUUUGAAGCGGUCGGGUAUGAUUUCAAAGACUUGAGCCUGGACCAGCUGGUCCGACGGGUGCUGGAGUGUUUUGAACCAGGGGAGUUUUCGGUUGCGAUUGGUGCACCGGAUGCUUUGGAGACGAUUCGUUCGAUGGAUGUUGAGGGGUAUAGUUUGGAGGAAAAGAGUUGUGAAGAUCUUGGGUGCGAAGGUUGGAUUGUGUACCAGAAGUUUGUGAAGAAGGAUGGUAGCUGCUGUGGGUCACCUAGAUCUGUUCUGAAAUGUGAGAGCUGGAAAGAGGAGAAAGAAGAAAAGGAGUAUCAAUAGCUGUGUUGAAGAAGGGUUAUUUCUGUGUUCUGUUUAGUUGUUUUGUUGAAUAAAAGCCAUUGUUAUGGCUUGUUUGUGUUCUGAAUCUUUGUUAUUUUGGAUUAUUGGGGGUUUUUAUUAAAUCCAUUUGUACAUUUUGGUGUUAUUGUUUUUGGUUUAAUCAAAAUGUUUGUUUUGUCA